AAUCCAACAAUUACUACCGCUGACGUCACUGUAAAGCGCGAUCCAUUGUGAUUUUACACUUGGUAAGUAGAACAGACAUCAAUAUAGACGGGAACAAUCCUUAAAUUUGCGUAGUAAUAAUCGUUCAAUCACGGUAAAAUGUUGUGUUUAGAACCUUUAGAAGUGCAAUGUAGCAGUUUUGUGAUGGAGAAAAUGACAUCAGAUAUUAUAAAUAUAUAACUUGCUGCACAAAAUGUGUACAGGCUAACGUUAGCUAAGCUAAUUCAAUUCAAGUUUGUUUAUUUCUUAACGUGUAAUCAUGCAAGGUAAUAUAUCAUAGGGGAUUGUAUGAUUUUUAGUUAUGAUGUGUUUUUCGUUACCAGUAGCUCACAAUAAUAUACAUUUUCUGAAGAACAUUGUUGCCAGAUUGGUGUGUUUUUAAGUAAAUGUUCAAAAUCCACACAAAUAUACUAAACACACAAAUCCUACCAAAAUUAAACAAUACAAAUUAUUUUUUAGCUACAACAAUAUUGUGGCUCAUCACAAUUCAAUAUUCAUAUUUCAUAAUAAAGCAAAUUAAGUGCACUUCUCCUAAGAAGGCUACUUGGUAACUAUUUUCUAGGUCUGUCCUUUGGCACACCAGAAAUAUCAAAGUACCACUGGUCCAAGUCCAUUUUAACCUACAUAGUACAACUCAAAACCAAUCUGCCAACACUGAUAAAGAAAUCACACUUGUAAAAAAUAUUUUAUAAACAAUUCUGAAUAUAUAUAUUUUUUCUGUUAUUAGGUCCUUCAAAUUUGUCAGCUGCUAACAUUCUCCUUUAUUUCAACACCAUUUCUCACACACAGACACACACACACACACACAAACCAAAGGCACUUUUAAGAGCCACGUCUGUCUUGUUAGUCUGUACUUGCUCUCUGUAGCUCACUUGCUUACUUGCCCAUUUCUUUAUCUUGUUCACUCUUUCACUCUCUCUCUAUCUCUCUUUCUCACUCUCUCUCUUUGUCUGUUUACAUCUUUAGUUGUCAUAUCUGUCCAUCUUCGUUGUGAGUCUUUCUGUCUGUUUGUGUUUCUUGUUCAUCACAAUGAGUGAUUCAGAACUCCAAGAAGAGUUAUUGAAUCUGGAUACCCUGGUUGAUCAUCAUAAACUCAAUAAUGAGCUUCAAAGUCUUGAUGAUUUCGUUGGUGAGCUGCAGCAAGAGGAGGAAGCAGCACCGGUAAAGCCAACUGAACCAAGGGUGCAUUGGAGAAAAAGAGACAUUGACGGCAACACUGUCUAUGCAAGACCAAGGUCAAGCAGGAAUCAGUCAAAUCAGACUGAUCACGUUCGCAAAACUGAUCCUCCCAUGACUGUUUCUGACACUAACUGUGAGGUGACUUUUGCUCCAGAGACUGUUGAGUGUUUUCUGCAAGAUCUCCAGCACUCUCUUAUCGAUACCUCAGAUGAUGAGGCAUCACCUUCUGGAACCUCAACAGAUCCUCUCCAGGCUUCCUCGAACUGGAGCAUGCGACAGAGUCUCCUUUCAGAGAGAUGGAGGGCAGAAAGACCCUAUCUAGUGAACAUUACAGUUGAACAAGAAAAUGUGGGAGCACACAUCUGUCAACAUUGUGGGAGCAAUCCAGCUGUUGUCCGAUGUGGUGACUGUCGACCCCGACCCUUUUUCUGUGACCAAUGUGAUGUGAGCAGGCACACCAUUCAAGUCCUUCAUAACAGAGAUGCCAUGACAGCUGGAUUCUUUCAACCAUUGUCUCCAACAACUUUCAUUGUGGAUAAGGCAUUGUCUGAUUGUGUACGGCUUGUACCUGUGGAGAUACCUGACAAAAUCUGUAGUUGCUCUCCACGGUCAUUAAAGGUCAUCGCAGGAAAGGCUGUUGCUGUGGUCACAAUAAAUGGACGCCAUAAUCUUAACAUGCCUGAGUUAAGCUGUGAGGCAUGUCAAGCCAAAUGGGUUGCUGGAGUGGCUGACCUGAUAAGAAGUGGCUACUGGCCUGCAACUCUUCAUUUUGCCACAAUCUAUGCAACAGAUGUCUUUAUUUCAUUUGAAGACAUGAAGAUGGCAGCACCAGGACUGUCAUGUCAAGCUUUUUUAAGAAUGUUGGAUAAGCGAACUGAACACUUUGGUCGUAGUGGUAAGAUCUCGCCUGAUAGCUUUCAGAAAAGUUUUUUUGAAUGGAAGGCUGUGCAAUAUGAGGUGGAAAACAUCUGCAAGAAAGAGCCCUUCAUCUGUCCUGCGUGCACACCAUCUAUGCUUGCGGUUUCAGUAGAUGGAAAUAGCAAGCAUUACCGUUUCAAGAAUGCAGCUAGAUCGGAGGAACAGGCCAUUUUUGAAGGUGUUUUUAUAGCUCGGGAUGAAGAUGUGACAAGAUUUGUGGAUAACAUUCACCAAACAACCAAACAUGUCAGUGGAAGAGGUGUUUGCGGAGGGGAGUGGUCAGCAGCCAGAGAAACCUCCCAAAGAUCUGCCAGCAAGGUAGACGAGGAAGGAUUAGAGCUUGCGGUGUGUCGGCAUGGAGUGCUUCUCCAUGCUUUAAAUAUGUACAGGGGGGAAAUUUUUGCAUACCCCCUGUAUUUGCAGGAAAAGCUGUCCAGUAGGCAAAUCACUUUUUUUUGUAUGGAUGUGACCUGUAAAUAUUGGCCCUACCUUCAAAAAGUGUCAAGAAGCUGCCCAGAGCUCCAGCACCUUCUUGACAUGAAGCCCUUCCUCUCAGUUUUUCAUGCGAAAGCACAUGAUUUUAAGUGUGAGGUGAAGUGGAGUGGGGCUUAUCAGGAUGGGGCUGGUUUAACUCUUGGGGAGGAGGUGGAACAGUGUAAUGCUUUCCUCUCUAGAAUUGCAGUGACUACAAAGCAUAUGUCAAAAGCAGGCAACAAAAGCCCUUCAAAGCCAGCUGGAAAACCUGCAGUCGAUGAAAGCUCAACUGGCAGUAACAUCGAGCCAAUUAGAAGACUGGGUCAAUGA